AUGCCGGUGUUCCACACGAAGACCAUCGAGGGCAUCCUUGAGCCGGUGGCCCAGCAGAUCUCCCACCUGGUCAUCAUGCACGAGGACGGGGAGGUGGACGGGAAGGCCAUCCCAGAUCUGACCGUUCCGGUGGCCGCGGUACAGGCAGCGGUCAGUAACCUUGUCAGGGUGGGAAAGGAGACUGUUCAGACCACAGAGGACCAGGUGAUGAAGAGAGACAUGCCUCCCGCCUUCAUAAAGGUGGAGAAUGCGUGUUCUAAGCUCGUGCAGGCAGCUCAGAUGUUGAAGGCGGAUCCCUACUCGGUUCCUGCCAGAGACUUCCUCAUUGACGGUUCUAGAGGAAUCCUGUCUGGAACCUCAGACCUGCUGCUCACUUUCGACGAAGCUGAGGUGCGUAAGAUCAUUCGUGUGUGUAAGGGGAUCCUGGAGUAUUUGACUGUAGCUGAGGUGGUGGAGACCAUGGAGGACCUGAUCACCUACACCAAGAACCUAGGACCAGGUAUGACUAAGAUGUCUAAGAUGAUUGAGGAGCGACAGCAGGAGUUGACCCAUCAGGAACACAGACAGAUGCUAUUCAACUCCCUGAACACUGUCAAACAACUACUGCCUGUACUCAUAUCAGCCAUAAAGAUCUUUGUAGCGACUAAGAGCACACAUAGUGCUGGGGUGGAUGAGGCAGAGAGAAACAGAUGCUUUACGUUUGAGAAGAUGAGUGCUGAGAUUAGUGAGAUCAUCAGAGUCCUACAGCUUACCACCUGGGAUGAAGACACAUGGGCCAACAAGGACAUGGAGUGUAUGAAACGUUCUCUGGCUGUGAUAGAGGCUAAGAUGGCCCUGGCGAAAGCCUGGCUCAAAGACUCCCAUGGACAACCAGGCGAGCCCGGGGAUGUAGCGGUGCGUGUGAUAUUGGAUGAGGCAGGGAAGGUAGGAGAACUGUGUGCUGGAAAGGAACGCAGAGACGCACUGGGAACAGCAAAGACUCUGGGACAGAUGACCGACCAGGUCACAGAGCUACGUGUCAGAGGACAUGGUCCGUCUCCACCAUGUGUUCAGCGGGCCGGUCAGUGUUCUCAGGGUCUGGACCUGCUGCUUGGGAAAGUGGACAGCGCCACCCGCAGGCUCGAGGCUUUAACUAAAGCUAAACUGGCAUUCGCUAGGAGACUGGAUGCUUCCCAGGCAUGGCUGGCAGAUCCUAAUGGGGGUCCAGAGGGUGCAGAAAACAUCAGAGCCUUGCUGGCCAAUGCCCAAAAAAUUGCUGACCUGUGCGAAGACCUCUUCGAGAGAGACGACAUCCAGAGAUCCAUCAAUGAGAUUGCGGGGCUCACCGCACGACUAGUGGAGCUACGCAAGCGGGGUAAAGGGGACAGUCCAGAGGCGCGUGCGCUAUGUAAACUCAUUGGAGCAGCUCUCCUGACCCUGCAGGCUAAGACCAACAGAGCGGUGGCCAACAUGAGACCUGCCAAACCAGCCAUCACUCUGCAAGGCAAGAUGGAGCAGGCCCUACGCUGGGUCAACAACCCUGGACAGGAUGACAGGGGUGUGGGUCAGGCAGCAAUCCGGGGCUUGGUAUCGGAGGGCCGCCGGUUGGCUGGAGGGCUGGGGGGACCGUACCGGCAGGACAUGAUUGUCCGCUGCGAUCGCAAUGAGGCGCUGAUGACAUCACUGGCAGACAUAGCGGGGAGGGGAGAGGCCGAAGCCCCGCAGGCUAAAGCUACUGCUUCACAACUACAGGAAAGUCUGAAGGACUUGAAGGGUCGUAUGCAGGAAGUCAUGACCCAGGAAGUAUCCGAUGUGUUCAGUGACACCACCACCCCCAUUAAACUACUGGCCGUGUCUGCGACUGCCCCCCCAGAGGCCCCGCACAGAGAGGAGGUGUUUGAUGAGCGUGCUGGUAACUUUGAGGCCCAUGCGGGUCGCCUGGGCGCAACAGCGGAGAAGGCGGCGGCCGUGGGAUCAGCCAAUAAGAACACAGUUGAGGGAAUACAGGCUACCGUUAAACACACCAGAGAACUCACUCCACAGGUGACCUCCGCAGCUCGUAUCCUGUUGAAGAAUCCAGGUAACCAGGCGGCCUACGAACACUUUGACACCAUGAAGAACCAGUGGAUUGACAAUGUAGAGAAACUCACUGGUCUGGUGGAUGAAGCCAUAGACACCAAGUCUCUGCUGGAUGCGUCUGAGGAGGCGAUAAAGAAGGACAUCGAUAAGUGUCGUGUCGCCAUAGCAAAUGUACAGCCGCAGAUGCUAGUUGCCGGGGCGACCAGCAUAGCUCGGCGAGCAAAUCGCGUACUACUGGUAGCGAAGAGAGAGGUGGAGAACUCAGAGGACCCAUGGUUCAGAGAAGCAGUGAAACGUGCAUCAGAUAUACUCAGCCACACUAUAUCACCUAUGGUUAUAGAUGCUAAGGCUGUGGCCGGAAAUAUACAGUACCCAGCCCUUCAGAAGGCAUUUUUAGAUUCUUGCCUCAGAAUUCUGGCUGCUGUUGGGAAGGUCAGAGAAGCCUUCAGCCUCCCGGAACCAGACUUCCCCCCUCCACCCCCAGACCUAGACAAGCUACACGUGAGUGAUCAGGAGCAGGCCCCCCCUAAGCCCCCCCUACCAGAGGGAGAGGUGCCCCCUCCUCGCCCCCCACCUCCAGAGGAGAAAGAGAGAGACAAAGAUGAAGACUUUCCAGAGCAGAAGGCAGGAGAGCUGCUCAGUGAGCCCAUGAUGGUGGCUGCUAGGCAACUACACGACGAGGCACGCAAGUGGUCCAGCAAGGAAGGAUUGCCUGAGGAAGAGGAGGGUGUAGAGGUAGAUGAUGAAGACGAGUUUACUGACGGUGAGGAUGACUAUGAGCCAGAGCUGUUGAUGAUGCCGUCUAACGGCAAUGCCGUAAAUCAACCCAUCCUAGCCGCCGCACAAUCGCUUCAUCAGGAGGCGCGCAAGUGGUCCAGCAAGGGAAAUGACAUCAUUGCGGCAGCCAAGAGGAUGGCAUUGCUGAUGGCUGAGAUGUCCCGGUUGGUACGCGGCGGCAGCGGUAAUAAGCGGGCUAUGAUCCAGUGUGCUAAAGACAUUGCCAAAGCCUCAGAUGAGGUCACCAGGCUGGCCAAAGAGGUGGCCAAGCAGUGUACUGACCGACGCAUCAGAACCAACCUGCUGCAGGUGUGUGAGCGUAUCCCCACCAUCAGUACUCAGCUGAAGAUCCUGUCAACAGUCAAAGCCACCAUGCUGGGACGAACCAACAUCAGCGAGGAGGAGUCUGAACAGGCUACAGAGAUGCUGGUCCAUAAUGCCCAGAACCUGAUGCAGUCAGUUAAGGAGACCGUGAGAGAGGCCGAGGCUGCUUCAAUCAAGAUCCGCACCGAUGCAGGCUUCACCCUGCGCUGGGUCCGCAAGACCCCCUGGUACCAGUAA